UCGGUCCAUGAACAUCCCUAAGCCGGUGCCUAUAAAACGCACCAAAUUGGCUCCACCAAUAAGCUAACAUAUGGACCUUUGGAUCGGAUCUCUCAAGUUCUUAUUAUUUUCUGCGGUCCUACCAAAAAACAAAAAAUCUUUUCGUCGGCACUUCCCAUGCAGUUGCGCUAGCUACCAGGGUCAGAACCCAGAAGCUUCUACCUAAUUAUCAAACGGGAAAGUUGCGCAAUGUUUCUCAAGGUGAAAUUGACAUGGAAUGUCGUAGGCCCUGCUAAAGGCUUGUAUGCCAAGGGUUUGAUGCUGCAACGGUCUAUAGCAACCUCCCUGGUGGAUGACUUCGCUGAGAAGGGGGCCACGGAAGAUAUAGGUUAUUUGAUGGCUGUCAAACCUUGGAGAGCAAUGGAGAGGGUAAAGUUCAGAAUAAAGGGGAUGUGGUUUUCCCUGUGGUUUUCACUGGAGUCACCUUCAAAAUAUUUAGUGGAGAGAUUAUGGAGGACUGGUCCUGUUGAUAACAUCCAUCUUUCUGGCUUGAAAAUGCCUAAUUAUCAUUACACACCUGGGGAGAAUCCUGCCUUCGCGUCAAUAAUAAGCAUUCAAAGAUCGAGAAGGAUGUCAUCAUCUGAUUCACUGUGAUUGCAACUAAGUGGAUGGAGCUAGAUAGACAAUUACAGGCAUUAGUGAAGUUGGAAGGCAACUAUCUUGGACCAGUUUCUUCCCCGUAACAUUAUUUAACCUGUCCUGUAUAUGCAAUUCUAAGAUUGUUGAUGUUCAAUAUGGGUUGCUUAUUCCAGUAAUUAUUGUAAAUCCAUGGCUCCUAUCUAGGAAAUAGGUAACUAACUUGUUCAGAAUUUGUUUCUUCCUCUCCCUUGCAACUGGUACAUGCAAAGCUAUUUCUCACUGGCCGCUGAUUAGCUUUUAUAUCAGGCAACAGGCUCUGCUAUUCUCUCCUAGUUGAUUAGCAUAAUAUGAAAGAAAAGGAAAAG